CUGUUGUGUCGACUAGAUGCGUACUUCCAAACCAAAAAUAUCCGAAAUUUCGACAAUAGAACAUGUAUUUUUUUAUGUGAUGUUAGAAAAUCUAUCCUGUUAACUGGUCUCGGCCCCUGGAUACAGGCUCGCUCUCCGUUCCAGUCACAAAAACUCGCAUUCUUGCACCGGUAUCGUGAACUUUUGAGCUAAUAAGGGAAUUCCAGUGAAUAUAAAGUUCUUAUGUGUUUAUAAACAAACCCGUACUCGCUUCGCAAAUGGUUUGAUUAUGUAGUUAAAAUUACGUGUUUCUCCUUUAGGUACGGACCGUUGGAAGUGUUGGUUUGUGGUGGAACAGAGGCCGUAGAUUGGAAAAUUGAUUGCAUGUGUUGAAACCAGGACGAUGUCUUUAUAGUUGGAAAAAUCCAAUCAGUCAUGAAAGGAAUCCUUUAUGGUGUUUUUUUCCUGUUGGUUUCAGUGGAAAUCGUGUCGAAUCUACCAGCCACCGUCGAAGACGACUAUGAGGAAGAACUGGAAGAAUGCGAUAACAGCGCUUUGACCAACGGGACCCUGAGGUUCACCGCGGAACGUCCGAAAAACGUGACCAGGGACCCGGGGAAGAUGGUGAAGUUCGUGUGCCAGGUGGAGAAUUUGGACAAUACUACAGAGGUGGACGUGGACUGGCACAAGGACACGGUGCCCAUCGAGGAGAAGGGCUCCAAGAUCCAGAUUAAAAUCACGAGGGAGAAGAAUCUCGUCAAGUCCGUCUUGAAGAUAGCCAAACUGGACACUUUCGAUAAAGGCUUCUACGGAUGCACCGCUUCGAAUGGUAUAGACAGGAUAUGUAUCCAGGCUGUGCUUCAGGUCAAUUCCAUGGUUCCUUUUAGAGAUACCAGCAUAACCGGUGGGGCUGUUAUGAACGCCAACAGGGACCCAACCCUUGGCGGUAGCUUCUUCGGCGAGCUGACCACGGUGCCCAACGUCCGUAACUCCGCAUCGGCGGACGCCACCUUCCUCUCCACCGAGUUCAACCCCCUUUCCGGCAACGCCAAACACUCCAACGGUCUGGAAUUCGACCUAUCUCCGACCGGCAAACAACUACCGCCCUCUGCUUCGUCCCCCGUCAAUCUUACCGAACCCUUCUGUCAGAUCUACCAAGGCGAGAGGUGCAAGGAUCUGCUCCGGGGGAGAUACGUCUUCGUGCAACCGCCCUACACGCAGAGGGCCAUCGAGGACAUGCUGAACAACGCGUUCCUCGUCAUCUCCCAGUCGAACGACAUCUCAGCUAGCUGCGAGAAAUUCGUCCAUCCCAGCAUGUGCUACUCGGCCUUCCCGACCUGCGUGGCCCCCAAACAGGUCAACAAGUUCCAGAAGGAGCUGACGAGCAAGGGGGAGGAGUACCUGACCGAGGAGCGGUUCAAGAAGAUGCGCAACACGCUGACCAAGUACCUGAGGCGCGUGUGCAAGGACGACUGUCUGCUCCUGGAGACGGAGCUCUGCAUGAAGGAGUACGCCAUCGCCAGGAGACACCCCAUAAUAGGUCUCAUCCCCAAGCUGGAGGAGUGCGAGCUGCUGCCCGACGAGAUAGACGGCAGCGUCAGGAACUGCCUGGCGCUGGGCGUCGAACUAAGGAACGUCGACAAGGACGACACCUGCUUCUGGGACCAGGGGCACAUGUACAGGGGCGCCCAGGACGUCUCCGCGUCCGGCAAGAAGUGCCUGCGUUGGGCACAUCAGCUCCACAUCAGUCUCUCGGACAAUCCCGAACUCACCGGACACAACUACUGCAGAAACCCCGGGAACGUCGAAAGUCAGCCGUUUUGUUUCGUCAGUCACAACGAGAAGGAACUGUGCGACAUUUCCAAGUGCGUGUAUAUCGUCGGUUUGUACGUCUUCAUCAUCUUCGCCGGGAUCUCCUUGGUGGUUAGCCUCAUGGUGGCCUUCUUCUGUUGCCGGGGAAAGAGGAAAUUCGCCAGGAACAUCCAGAAGAUGAACACCCCCACGGCCGACAAGAACAUCUACGGUAACCACAGUCCGACGGCGCCCUCUAUGGAGAUGAACAGUCUGUUGCCGCCCAACAUACCGCCGCCGCGGAACCACCACCACCCGAACAAGGGCGCGAUGAGCGCGGUGCCUCAGUUCACGCACAAGGAGGUCAAUCUGAUGGAGGAACUGGGGGAGGGAGCUUUCGGGAAGGUGUACAAGGGCGAGUUGAAGUUCAAGAACGGUCAGAGGUCCUUCGUGGCCGUUAAGUCGCUGAAGGAGAACGCCAGCGCGAAGACGCAGGCUGAUUUUCAGAGGGAGAUCGAGUUGAUCAGCGAACUGAAGCAUCCCAACAUAAUCUGCCUAUUGGGGGUGGUGUUAAAGCAAGAUCCCGUCUGUAUGCUGUUCGAGUAUAUGUCUGAGGGCGACCUGCACGAGUUCCUCAUAGCCAAUUCGCCGAACGAGGGCAGGUGCCUGACGCAGAACCAGUUCCUGCACAUCGCCAUCCAGAUAGCGCAGGGUAUGGAGUACCUGUCGGAGAACCAUUACGUGCACAGGGACCUGGCGGCGCGUAACUGCCUCGUCUCGAAGGAUCUGGUGGUCAAGAUCAGCGACUUCGGGCUGAGCAGGGACAUGUACAGCUGCGACUACUACCGGGUGCAGUCCAAGUCGUUGCUUCCGGUCAGGUGGAUGCCGCCUGAGUCGAUACUGUACGGGAAAUUCACGACGGAGAGCGACGUGUGGUCGUACGGGGUGGUGCUGUGGGAGAUCUACAGCUACGGCUUGCAGCCCUACUACGGUUUCAACAACCAGGAGGUGAUCAACAUGAUCCGCUCGAGGAAGCUGCUACCCUGUCCGGAGGCGUGUCCCAGCUACUGCUAUUCGCUGAUGGUCGAGUGCUGGGCGGAGCUGGCCAUAAGACGUCCCAACUUCUCCGAGCUCGCCCACCGUCUGAAGGUGUGGAAGCAUAGCGGCGCCCUAGGCGGCCCCUACAUCAAGACGCCCGAACAUGCCUUACAACCCCACAAAUACGGACACAGCUCCAAGUCUAGCCACAGCUCGGACAACCACACGAGCGGCUACGCGGAGACCACCUCCCCCAGCGAGCCCGCCCCCAUCGACAAGAACCUGGCCCGUUGCAACAGGCUGAACGAGAGCCUGAACAGCCUGAGCAGCAGGUGUUCGAGCCUGGGCAACAGGACGCAGAGCACGAGUCUGAGCAACAGCGAGGCAGCCAAGGGGAAGCGCAAGAAGAAGCACGGCUCCCUUGAGAGGACGAACCCCAAGAACAUGGUGGUCAGUUCGGUAGGUGACAAUAUCGAGAUUAAGAUCAACGAGUGAUGUGUUUGUGGUGUUGGGAGAUGUUGGGAAAAGUGAAGGAGUCGUUUUUUGUUGUUUGGGUCCUGUUCUCGCACAAAUUUUAUGGGAGACACUUGUGGAUUUUGAUUUGAGGCGACCUGAACGAUUCAAAGUUGUCGAAAAGUUGUUUUUUGGGGUUCUGCGAGAGGCAGCUCAAAAUCCCACUUGCCAUUAAUAGUUUUCACGCAAUAGGGGAAAAACGGUGACAGAUAUUCUGUUCUCGAUGAAAGAAAUCACUUUUUUCCCUAUUAAUUUGUAGGUUUACUUUAAUAUCGAGGUACCUUUUAAACGGUACCAAUCGAAAGGUUUUAUCACUCUUUUUUCCUCCUUGUUUUACUCGCAAUUCUUUUAAUCGAUUUUUUGUCGAUUGUUGAGAAGUUGGUAACAAUUUUAACCUUUUCGCAUCACUUUUUUUACCGUAACUGCCACUCACCAUCAUAUACGUAAACUAUUCAACAUUAAUCGAAUUUUAUAUGGAUUUAAAAUUAUAAACAGCACGAAUUGAAACAACGAAAGGAUCUCCCUCCUAUAUUUUUUUAAAAACUCGAGCCAGAUCUGCCUGAACGAAUGUUUCAUCGAACUUUUCGUUGCUUCGAUCUCCCGUUGUUGUAAAUAACAUGGAUGCGUGAUGUAUGUGAACGUUUUCGUUUUUAAUCCAUCGGUCGGAGGUUUUAUGUUGGUAAAAUCGGUUCGAGAUUGUUAUACGUAACGAAUUAAAGGUAUUUGUUGAUGGAAUUUGGUGGACGUACCAAAGAGAUUGAGACUUGUUUAAAUGUCAACAUAUCCAAAGGCAGCUUCGAUUCUUCCCCCUUCGUUUUAAAUCACUUUUUUUUUUCAAUGUAAAAUUGAGUCAAGAAUGCCAAAUCGAUAUUUACUGAUUUUCUUUAGGUUAAGAUCAAAAUAUAGAAAUAUACUAACAUCGAAGUUAGUGACGAGAUAUAUCUUAUUGAAUGUUUUACAUUAUGAAACUCUCGAUAGUACAAGGACUAUUCGAAGUGGGUCUCGGUGUCCUUUCGAAGUUGUUAAAAGUCAAUUACGAGACGUCUCCUGUAUCAUCACAGUCCUUUAUUUCAACGAGCCAGCUUCGAAGGGACUCCGAGAUCUCUGGUUGGGCAGUUUUUGUAUUUUUAUGUAUUUAUAUGGAAGUUUUUGUAAGGAAGUGUGAGUUCUCAAAGUAUAUAUACUAUAUAAAAUGUUUUUUUAAA